UCAAAUCUUUUCCCCAUUUGAAUAUAUUUUGGCAUGCCAUAUAUAGGUAGCAUAUAGUUGAGCUCAACCAAGCUGAGAUGUUUGAUUUCGUCGUGAAUGAAAUUAAUUAAUAUUAAUAUCGAAAGUCAUACAUAUUGUAAUUUCUGACGUCACAUCAACCUACAGAGUAAGAACCAAUCAAAACGUCUGAAUUUUACACACCUCCCAAACAUAAACAAUGUGAAGGUCAAAUGAACAGUCAUUUCCGUUUCAGCAUGUGCAGUGUUUCUGAGUUAAAACGUGGAGUUUAAAUAGCUAAAUCAUAAACAUAAGCGACGAUUAGAAUAGACGAAAGAGACGUUCUGACCUGAAAAUAUUUCCAGGAAUUGAUUCUAACCAGUUAGCUCUGCUUACGCUGUCUUGAGUUCCCUCAGACUUAAAACAGCACUACGACACCGGCGGUCGUUUUCAUUCAUGUCGGACAGGUUUGUUUGACAGACCUUACUAAGGUCUGACAUUCUUAAAAUUAUUGAGUGAAAGUUUCGGCACCAUGCAGAGAACAAUUAAAGUGUGUUCGAAUUCGUUUCGAUGUUUUAGUCGACAGAAUCGAAAAAUAUCUGUGACUGAUGCUAGGCCUAGAAGGUUUUCUUCAAUAAAUCAGAGACUCGUUCGUCUUGCACCCACAAGAUAUGGACGGAAGCUGCCAUGCAGGAGGUAUCCCUGUAAAACGGUGCUGGGAAUACACACAGAGACAAACGGAGCUGUUCCAAUGAGUUAUGACCCGACUGACCAGUGUGAUGCAAUUAUCAGUGAAAUGGUAAUGGAUGUUAAAAAUUUCGAAGACAGACUCUUCAACCAUCUAGCUGACAAGGAUGACAAAGUCUCCAUUGGAAAAUUCAAAAGUUUGCUUCAUCUGACCGGUUUACGAGAGUCUGACCCUCGACUGUCCGAAUGUAUGCAGAAUUUUUCGAACCUUCAAAAUGAAGCGGGCCAGAAUGAGUUGUACGACAGUAUACGAGUGGAUCGAUACCAGUUCAAAGACCAUUCCAUCGGCGAUAUCAAUACGCCGUUUUGUCUGCAGUCGGUCAGUAAACCUCUGACCUACUCCAUGAUUCUCAACGAACUCGGACCAGAGAUCGUCCAUCAAUAUGUCGGCCAUGAACCCAGUGGCCAUCCUUUUAACAUGAUCUGUUUGGACCGUAAUGAUAAACCACAUAAUCCCAUGAUCAACUCGGGGGCCAUUGUGAUAUGCUCACUAGUGAAACAGGAGAUGAACUCGGCUGACAAAUUUGACCAUACAAUUAACAUGUUUAAGAAGAUGGCUGGUGGGGAGUUGAUGACUUUCAAUAAUGGAGUUUAUUUAUCAGAGAAGGAGACAGCGGAUAGAAAUUUUUCCCUUGGUUACUACAUGAGAGAGAAAAGGUGCUUUCCAGAGGGAACUAACCUGAGAGAGGUGUUAAACUUCUAUUUCCAACUCUGUUCCGUUGAGAUCAACUGUGACUCAGGGGCGGUGCUUGCAGCCACACUAGCCAAUGGCGGAGUCUGUCCAACCACAGGAGAUAGCCUUCUCACAGCGCAGUCUGUCCGUGACACACUCUCACUGAUGUUUUCCUGCGGCAUGUACGACUACUCUGGCCAGUUUGCUUUCCAGGUUGGCCUUCCAGCGAAGUCCGGCGUGUCAGGGUGUGUCCUCAUGGUGGUACCCAAUGUGAUGGGAGUAUGUAUGUGGUCGCCUCCCCUUGAUGCUUGGGGUAACAGUUGCCGGGCAACUCAGUUCUGUGAGAACUUCGUUGAAACAUUCAACUUCCACAAUUUUGAAAUAGUAAGAACAAAAAAUGACCCCCGCGCCACAAAAUCCCACACCCAGGCAUUUGAAAUUGUGAAGCUCCUGUUUAGCGCGUACAACGGGGAUGUCACUGCCAUUAGGAGGUAUGCUCUCCUGGGUGUGAACCUGAACCAGCAGGACUAUGAUGGAAGAACAGCCCUCCAUGUAGCCGCUGCUGAAGGUCAUAUCAAUGUCGUCAGCUACCUUCUGGAGAAAUGUGAAGUAGAACCUUUAGUUAAGGACAGAUGGGGACACACACCAUUAGAUGAGGCAAAGCAGUUUGGGAAUGAGAAUGUGGCAGACUUGUUAGAACAGUACAUAAAGGAGAUGUGAGAUUUUGUGAAACAUGAAAUUUGACUUGAGUUUGUGAAAUAUUGAAAAAUAUUUAAUAUGAAUUGGUCGUUUUUUGAAACUGAACUUUCUUGGAAAUGGGGUCUGUGCAAUUGCAGACUUCCAAACGGUAAAAGAUGAGAAUUCGUUGUUAGUAACGGCUGUGAAAUAAAGAGAAGUGUGAUGUUCCUCAAAGUUUGUGUAGUAGAAAUAUAUUGUUUAUUUUAUGAAUGAUGUUUAAUGUGUGGAUGAUAUAUGUGGAAGAUAUUUUAAACCUUUCCUCAGAUUGAGUUUGAAUUAUUAACUUAAAAAUUGUAGGGUAAAAAGUGCCACAAAGUUCAUAUAUUUUUUUGCCAUUAGUUCUACUAUCAUACAGAGUUUAAAUCAUUUAAAUUCCUUCAUGCAAUGAGCUAUAUGUAUGUUAAUGAAAACAUACCUUGCCACAAUUUUUUAACUUUUCAUCAUUAAAUCACUUUUUGUCUGUGAUUUGUCGAUCAACUGUCCUUCCAUCCAUGAUUUUUGUAAACACUACAUAUACUCCUCAGAAGUUAUGAGUUUUUUUUUUUUUUUUUUUUUAAACAAUAUUUUUAUUCACUAUCUACGUGUCAUAUAUAUGAUACAUUUUAGUUUGAUGUGCUAUUUGAUAUUUGAAGAUACUUAUACCUACUACUUAAUAUCCUUGUGUCCUGUUAAUAUAUCUCUCAAACGUUGUUAUUAUUUAUCCUUUUGUUUUGUUGUUUUACAAUUUUGUUACUUUGUAAGGGAGCAUUUUUAGCAAAUGUGUUACCUUAAUUAACUUAUCGAUUUUGACUUCUGCAUGACUCAGGUGUUAAAUUUAAGGAUGUAUGCUGUUAAACCAAACAUUAUGUAACACUUGUAUACCAUGUGGCUUUGUGUUUUGAAAUUUAAGUAUGUAUGCUGUUAAAUUUGUACACAUUUAAUUGAUAUACAAUACAGGUAGCCACCCUCUAGAGAUGCCAAGAUGGGAGAUCUCCAACCACCAUGGGAUAGUUUAAGUGGGAGAUUAAGCGUGACAAAAUUUUAACAACAUCAAAUUGUUUUUGUGCAGUCAUUUUCAUUUUCAUCAAAUAGUACCCAAAAUUGUUUUAUUAAGUCUAACAGGAUAAAGAAUGAAAUAUUUUUAAAUGCUCGUUUAGAUGCCAUAGUAAGUGAUAUUAAGGAGAAAGUGAUUUUGUCUUUUAAUUGUAAUGAUGAGUACCUGUCCUGCCUGUGAAUACACCCAUUAUAUAAUCAAUUAUAUACAGGGUUUAUUGACAGAUGAGCCUGGUACCAAUGGUAUAUCUGACAUUGUUUUGUGUUAAAAAAAACCAUGAACAUUUGGGGUUAAUACCUAGUGGUUGUGUUAGAUUUUUAUAGAGUUAAGGGUGUAUGCUACCUUUAAUAUUAUACAUGUAUAUCACUUGUACACAUCACUGAUUUUGUGUCAUGAUAUUUAUCAUGUAGCUUGCCUGUUCUGCCAUAGAAUACAGCAAUGUGAUAUAUGUCACAGGUACACGUAUAAUAAAUACAUAAAUUAUCACAUGGUUAUCUUUCAAGUGAAAAUUGGGGCUACCUUGAGAUGACCUGAGUUUUUUAUGGUAAACACUAAAAUUUACAUGCUGUCUUCAACAGUUUGCUUUUUUUUGAUUGCAGUUGUCUUUCUUGAACAUGUUGUAGGAAAAAAUAUCUGACUUUUCAUGUAAGUGAUAAUGGUUUGACCCUAUGAAUGGUUCAUAUAGAUGAUUUAAGUGCUGGUAUUUGCUCUUUGAUGCAAGACAAUGGUUGUUCAAGGUAAUGAGUAAUAAAAUGCUAAUGCUAAUUUUCUUUUGUUGUUUUAAUCACGUUUAAGAUGAAAAUGACCGUUAUUACCUAAAAUCUUGAAACAGAAAAAUGCACAAGCAGAGUUGAGUAAAAGUGCUUGUAAAGAUCUUUGAAUUUUGGUACAAAAAAUCUUUACGAACCAUGUUAUGUCCAAACUCUCAAAUGGAUUUUCACAGUAAGAUAGCAUACAUCUUUGAGAAAAUUACAGAAAGUUUGGGACUGUUGAUAAAUAGUUAAAUCACGAUCCUAUUAUGCAUAUAAACAUAUCACUAGAUUGAAGAUCAGCGUCCAUGCAAUGUCUGAUGGUUUGUUGUUGGGUUUUUUUUUUGUGCAUAGAUAUGCCGGAAUCAUGCCAGGGUAUUUUUUCUCAGACUCAGAUUGCCCGUGCCAAUAUGACUUUUGAAUUUGUUAAAAUUGAAGACAAUGAACAAUAUGCCUUUUAUAAACAUUUUUUUUUUAAACAUUUAUUUUACAGUGUACAUGCAUGUCACCUAUCAUAACAUAUAACUUUGUUUGUUAAUAGUCAGUGAAGCAAUAUCAUGGGAUUUCUUUUACAUAUUUGUUACAUUUUAAAUUUCAUGUAUUCCUUAUUUCACAAUGUAUGUAUGACCUAUGUAAUGAAUUCUAAAUAAACUAAAAGAUGUCCUCAUUCCUUAAAUCAGAAAUA